AUGCGUUCGAUAUUACGGCUAGCGGCGGUUCGCCGAUUUGCGACCCACGUGGAUCUAAAACAGGUAAGUUUUUUCCCGCGAUUUAUUUGUUUCUACGUUUAGGUCGGCAACAUGGAGCUUUCUACAAUCUUUUUGAGACUUUUUAUCCCGAAAUACUGCAAAUAUCGCUUAACAAGCGGUUUUGCGAAGUCCUUUUUUGUAAAAUUUAUAUUGUUUUAGGUGCCUCCGAAAAAAUUCAAAGCAACGGGGCUUGGAAUAAAGUUUUAUCUGGACGAAUGGCCGGAAAAUUGUCGUCGAAGUGCCAAUGAUCUUGCCGAAGUGUUCGAAGUUUUAAAUCCGCCCAGUUUGAAAGCCUUUUUGAUCGCUUUGUCCAAGGCGCCAUCUCCAGCCCGAAUCCAUUCAAUUUUGACGAAUGUUCUGCAACAGCAGCUCCUGACCGACCACAAUUCUGUGCUGUUUGCAAAGGUCCUUGCCGCUGCGUUUAUUCAAGCCCCUAUUUCUCCGGAAGAUUGUGAAAUUUAUCGGCUUUUUCAAGGAUUAUUGCCAAAACAAGGCCCAUUUUCUGCUGGAACAAAGUGUAUCUUCGAUGUUACGACGGGUAACUGGCCAAUACAGCUUGUUGAUUACGGGGUUUUGUCCUCGACAUGCUUUGAAGUGUUAGCAGUCGAAGCAAUUCGACGAAAUGACAUGAAUGAAUUUAGAAAGGCAAGUACAAUAUAAUUUUUUUUUUUAUUUUCCGUUUUUAGAUACUGAAACAUUUCGUUGAACACGGCUACAAUCUUCACAGAAAUGCGACUCUUUUUGAGCAAUAUAUUCAGCGAGUUCAAGCCUCCGGGAAAGAUUGGCUUACACCUUUUCUAGAACAAUUUGGUAAAUCUCCGAUUUUUGUGGAAGACUUCGAACACAUCUCGAAGGCAACUGUGUAAGUCUUUUUCAUGGGUUUAUUGUGAUUUUAGGGCGGCAAAGGGCGAGUUAACGGACUCUGCCGUCGAAUCGAACAGCUGUAAAAAUUGUGGAACAAAAAUUGGAGCUGUAAACCUAGAAGAGAGUAAUUUCGAUACCCUCAAGGAAGUUUUGAUUGCCCAUAUGGAGAAGUCGGUAAAACGGAAAAUUAGCGGCUGUGUUCGUGAUUAUAUGAAUGUUCAAGGACUUAUCCGAGCUAUCAAACGGGAUCACAAUGAUAAAAUGUGAGGGUUUUGCUAUCUUUUUUAUUUUUAGGCAUAAAUCUAAUACCUUAUAAAAUACCACGAUCCUUGUGAUUAUUAAUUUUCAGGCCCACAAAAGAAUGUCUUGUGGUUGAUACGCUCAACGUUCUGAGCGGGGGAUACUCCGCAAAUAGCAAAGGGACCUUGGAUUUCCUGUUAAAGUUGAAAGAUCAAUAUGAGGAAGUGGUGCUGAUCAUAAGAAAAAACGUUUUGGCUGAGCAUCAGCCCAGGUUGAGAGGCCAUGGACUCAGAAUCGUCGAGGUGGAGAGACAGUAAGUCUUUUUGAUAUUAGUUUUUGUUGUUUUAGAUAUCGUAUGAAGAUAAGAACAAAAAAUGAGAAAAUUAUGGUUGAUCCCUGGUUGUCGCCUCAUUUCAAAUUUUCUAUGGCUCUAGCCGGAGCUCUAAUCUAUUAUUUUUGCCCUCCUCACGGUUUUUUUCGUUUCAGUUCCGACGAUGACACCUUUGCAAUCAUGACGGCGUUGAUGAUCAAUAACAAAUGUUUUGUCAUGUCCAACGACCGUUUUGGCCUCACCAAGAAGCUGAUCAGUGACUUGGGGAAUCAGGAAGCGAUCAAACAGCUGGACGACUUUGUUUUGACGAGAGUUAUGGGAGUGGAUAGAGUGUCGCUGAGAUCAGCUCCACCUCUUCGAAUACCUCUAAAUCUUCGGUUAAGCGAGGAUAAGAAGUUUGCUCACUUUGUUUUAAUCCCCAAUGAGGUUAUCAAUCAGCAGAGGUUGUACUGCGUGAAGAUUUAG